GUAUCAAUUGAGGUAUAUUUUUAUCCAGUGUCAUAUUUCUUUAAUAGUAAAUUUGAAUUCAGUCUUUACUAAGGGUUUUCAACAAUUUAAUUUCUCAAAUCGAAAUGAAAUAUGAUAAAAAGUAUUUCCGCCUCACUUCGCUCGCUUAUGCAGGUAUUGUGAUGUAGGCAGUAAUAAAAACGGAUGAAGUGUAGCUCAAACAAUAUCCUGCAACCGUUUAAUGAACAAAACAAUACAAUUUCUACGGUCAUUUGAACCCCCGAGAAAAAAUCUACAUAAACUACGAACCGCAAACAAAUAAAUAUAUUCUUAUUAAGUACAGUCCCCGUCCAAGGAACAAAAUUUGCAUUUUGGAAUGCGGCCCACUUUCCGACCUACGUAAUUUAGAUGCGUUAUCGUGUUAUGUGUAAACACUGAAAGGAUGCCGGACUUUGUCGCUUUAAGCUAAUAUACCUAUGGCACCAAAACGGAUCUUAUCAGCUGAGUAGUUCAUUAAAUGUUGCGGGUAUAUUUGAAAUGGAAGGUCCCCAAAUUGCAUUUUUCGUGCUGCUGUUAGCGUUGACAGGUUACCUAGGUAACCGAUUAUGGACGGCCAUCAAUGGCCCCUCGUACAAGGAGCGGAUCCAGCGGUUGGCUGCCGUUGACCACCAGCUACACAACCAUACUGUCGAAUUUGCUCGACCAGAAAUCAUCCAGGUAACGGAUGGUUUGUAUAUGGCCAUUGGAUACGCGCUAGCCAAUUCUAUAAUGAUAGAGGGAAAAAAUGAGAUUGUGAUUGUUGAUGUGACGGAAAGUUACGAAACUGCAUUGGAGAUCAUGGCCGCCUUCCGAAACAUAACGAAGAAGCCUGUUGCAGCCAUCAUUUACACACACAACCAUGCAGAUCAUACGUAUGGCGCAAAGGCGUUCAUCGAAAAAGAAUCGAGUCCUCCUGAUAUAUGGGCACAUGAAAGUAUUAACAAAGAAUUUCAACGAACGUUCACAACGAAUACCGCUGGGUAUCGACGGGCAAUGCGACAAUUUGGUGUCUUCUUGCCAGAUGCAGUGAAUUCUGGGAUUGGAAAAAUGUUGAAGUAUGGCGAUGGAAAAUCUACGCUUGGACUGGUUUUCCCAAAUAAAUUUGUUCAUAAAAGAGUUACUAAUCUUACAUUAGCAGGCAUUGAAAUGUCAAUUGUUCACAUUCCGGGUGAAACGGAUGAUCAGAUUGGUGUUUGGUUACCAAAACAGGAUGCAUUUCUCUGUGCAGAUGAUAUGUACAAGGCAUUUCCAAAUCUAUACGCCAUUAGAGGAACGCCAGAUAGAAAUCUUCUUCAAUGGGUGGAGUCCAUAGAUACUAUCAUAGAAUACAACCCACAAUUCCUUGUUCCUAGUCAUACGCGCCCUCUGGUGGGGAAAUCAAACAUACAGGAAGUUCUGACAGUGUAUCGUGACGCAAUUCAGUAUAUCCACGAUCAAACAUUACGCUACAUCAAUAUGGGAAUGGAUCCUACAGAUAUAGCAAAUAAAGUGACAUUACCAAAAAACCUUAAAGAGCAUCCAUAUUUACAAGAAUUUUACGGUACUACCGAAUGGUCUGUCAGAACAGUGUUCACCUCGUACUUAGGUUGGUUUAGUGGUGAUGCUGUGGACUUAUCACCGUUGUCAAAAACAGAAAAGGCGGAUAGAAUGAUUAAACUAGUCGGUGUCAAUAAACUCUUGGAACAGGCACGUGAAGCACUGCGAACAAAAGAUUUUCAAUGGGCAUUAGAACUCUCUACUUACGUUCUGAUAACGAAUCCUGGACACAGAGAAGCGACGGAAAUAAAACUCGACUCUCUUACGUCACUUGGUUCUCGGCAAAAGAGUGCUAACGGACGGAAUUAUUAUUUAACAAGUGCAUUUGAAGAAGCAAGUUUAAUUGAUACUUCAGUUGGUCUUCAAAAAAGUCGAGAAAAUGGUGUGAAAUUGUUACCAAUAAAUUUAAUAUUUAGGGCCCUUCAGAUACGUUUUAAGCCUGAAGACUGUGGUCAUGUGAGGACAAGUGUAUAUUUCUCGUUCAAAGAUUCUAAUACUCAUAUUUCACUUACAAUAAGAAAUGGAAUAGCGAUUGUCAAAAAUGGCGCAUGCUUACAGUGUGAUGUCGUCGUUACGACUACCGAAAAAGUUUUUAAAGACAUGAUCGGAAGUAGAAUACGAUCAAUUACAGCCUAUGGUUCCGGAGAAAUAGAAAUUCAAGGGGGAGCUAUGAACUUCAGAAAUAUUAUGUCUUGUUUUGAAAGAAGCUGAUUUCAAUACAAUUGUCGAACUCCUGCAAUUCAACUUCCUACAAAAAGAUUCUGAUAUUUAUUUGUACAAAAAAAUAUGUAAAUAUUCUGAAAGUUAUAAAGUUGAGUCGUC